AACUCCUCCUACCAAAUUAUCCAACUGUGCCCUGGCGAGAGGCUGCAACAAAUAGGCGAAACGGUGUGCUCCCAGCCAGCAAGCUACAAUCCGAUCAGCAAGGAGCUAAGGAGUCAGGGGAAUGCGGUUAAAAUCGCCCUAACAUCAUUGUUUGCCCGUUAUUCCUAACCAGUCUGCAGGGAUUCCUUCUAUCACUGUCUGGUCCCCAGCAGCAGCCAGUAACUAUCAUCUCCCCGGGCGCCGGAGAAUUUGACGUGUUGUACUACCUCCCGCCCCCCCGCCACCCCAUCAGAGAUUAGCAGUUUAUUUCUCUCUCUCUCUUUCUCUUUCUUUCUCUAAUUGUCUUGUAGCAGUUUCUUCCAUGGUUUAAGCUGGGGUCUGUAUGGAAGUACUAAGAGCCAGGGCCGAGGAAGACACGUGUACUUUCCGUCAAUCAGCGAUGCUUUUCCACGGAAUCUCUGGGGGCGAGAUCCAGGGAAUCAUGGAGGAAAUGGAAAGGAGAUCCAAGACGGAUUCCCGGCUCGCCAAAGGAGUGCAGAUGAACGGAAGGGAAACGAACAUGCCUUCUAUUAACUCGGAGAAACCCGCCUUGUGUGCAGGCUGCGGCGGUAAAAUUGCAGAUAGAUACUACCUGCUUGCUGUCGACAAACAGUGGCACCUCAGGUGCCUCAAGUGUUGUGAAUGUAAACUCGCCCUGGAGUCCGAAUUAACUUGUUUCGCCAAGGAUGGCAGCAUUUACUGUAAAGAGGACUACUACAGGAGGUUUUCUGUCCAACGCUGUUCUCGUUGCCACCUCGGAAUAUCCGCCUCUGAAAUGGUCAUGCGAGCCAGGGACUCAGUUUAUCACUUGAGCUGUUUCACGUGUACGACUUGCAACAAAACAUUAACCACAGGCGACCACUUCGGCAUGAAAGAUAAUUUGGUUUACUGCAGAGUUCAUUUCGAGUCCCUGAUGCAGGUAGACUAUCACACGCAACUGAACUACACCGAGCUGGCUUCAAAGAGCGGGGGUCUCGGCUUGCCCUACUUCAAUGGGACAGGCACUGUUCAGAAGGGACGCCCCAGGAAGAGAAAAAGCCCUGCCCUCGGAGUCGAUAUCUCAACUUACAACCCAGGCUGCAAUGAAAACGACGCGGACCACUUGGACAGGGAACAACAGCCCUACCCUCCAACCCAGAAAACCAAGCGUAUGCGCACAUCCUUCAAACACCACCAGCUUCGCACCAUGAAGUCCUACUUCGCCAUAAACCAUAACCCAGAUGCGAAAGAUUUAAAACAGCUUGCCCAGAAAACUGGGCUCACCAAAAGAGUUUUGCAGGGAGAACAAAUCUUGGGGCAUUACAGCCACACUUCCCGACGUUUGAAAAUUCCCUAGGUAUUUUAAGAAGGGGAAAGGUUGAUCGGAAUUCAACAGCAGUGAAGACAAAGACUAUAUUAACACACAAUUAAAUAUCCUAAAACUUUACUCAGAUACAUAAUUACAAUAAGCCUCCAAAAUGUAAUUUGCUUGAAUGUUUAAGCUAAUGUAGGACGCAACGUGUUGUAUUUCUUUUACGUUUAAGCUGUCAGUGGACAUACAUGUAGAGAAAACAUAAAGUCUGCGCUGGACUGAAUUUGAAAGAAUUAGGAUGUGGUUAGGACAGGCCAGUCUGAUUUCCAUCGCACUGCCAAGUUGACCAACUAAAUUAACAGAUUUUCGGACAUCAAACGUAAAGCUUUGUCUGUACUCAACAAUUCUAAGUGUAUAAUUAAUUUGAUAUCCAUUUGUAAUGUGGAGACUUGGUUAUGAUGAUUUAAGCCACAUUCCUUCAAUAGGGAUAAUCGAUGUAUGGUAUUUGGAGACGAAAUUCGCAAGUCCUUCAAGCCCACAGGCGACAUUUUGGUGUUUCUGGUUGUAAAGCAAAAUUGAGAAACAUUGUGCAUGCUAUUAUAAUACUUCCUCUAAAUUCUUUUCAAUAUCAA